AGCGUUGUCAAAAUCCAGAAGCUCAUUGAGGAGAACAACGGUCCUCACUAUCCCAUCAAAUCGCUACGUUGUCUGAUUCACGAAGCAGACCUUUACCAGUACACCGCAGCUAAAAAACCCCUCCUGGACGAGAGGAAACUGGGUUUGCGACAUGCGUGGACGCAAGCUCGCUUGCAUUGGGGCUUGGAUGACUGGAAGAACGUUGUCUUCUCAGAUGAGUCCUCCUUUUCUCUCUAUUCCAAAACACGAACUCUGAUCUGGCAAAACCGGGGCCAGGCUGCCAAGUACGAGCCACGGAACCUUGCCCCUAAGGUUCAGCAGUACGGCGGUACUAUCAUGAUC